CAGCAUUGUAAAGUUACAACUACACUAUAAUUAUAAAUUUAGCUUGAACUUGACGAGAACACUGACGUCAUCAACUGUUAUCCAGUGUGCACGUGAAUGUAUUGGACAAAACAUGACAGGAAGUGCAUCAUAUCAUGACAAAGAUUGUUCUUGUCAUUCAAGCGUUUUUACCAGUAAAGACGAUGCAGAUGUGAUAACGGGUGCUGUCUACAUUAAACCUGUCCCUUACAUGGAAGCUGACACAAAGAAAUGUCCAGAUGAUUACUAUUAUUACGGUAAUGUUUCCUGUUUUAGAUUCUUUGGCACGUUGGUAAAUCACGGUACAGCAGUACAGGUUUGUCAACAGCAAAACGCAUCAUUGAUCAAGAUUGAUAGUGAUGACAAACAGGAACAUGUAAAUCAGUAUUUAGACUGGCAUCCAGCCGAACUCGUCCACAUACAAGGGUAUAGAGGACUUGAAGAUGAUUCCUGGUUUUUUGAAGACGGGAAUGAGAUGGAAUUCAACAAUUGGAACGAACGUCAACCUGUCAAUGAUCCACAGAAUAGUCACAUAGUAAUGGAUAUAUUGGAGGGUGGUGGUCACUGGUCAAACGUUAAUCCUGAAUACGUAGCAAGCUCCUUAUGUGAAAUAUACAUUUAAGACACGGAAAAAAAUAUGACUGUUACAUUGUUACAUUUAUAUUACUUGUAAUAUAGACAAACCCCUGAUAUAUAUAUAUAUACCCAUCUGCUUCCAGUUGUGCGCAAAGAAACAUAACUAUAUUUAUUUUUAAGGUAGAUAAACUAUAUACCGCCAUCUUGGAUUGUAAAAUAGCAGUUCACAGACAGUCUAGUUCUUAGCUUAAAUCUGUAAAU